AAAAGGUUUGGAACAUACUUAUACAAGUAAACUGACAGGAGAAACGAACACAUAAAAAGAUGGGGCAAAUAUCUUGGGUCACCUUUUUAUCCAUGACAUGUCACAUGCGAACCCAAAACCCUAAAACCAAUUAAACGUUAAACCCUAGGGAUUUCGAUUCUUCCAAAACCCCUAAACCUGAUGAAGACGGUAACGGGCAAAAUCCUCUCUUCAACUCCGGUUUCCGUCUCCAAAGCAACCAAAAUCAUCUCCAACUUCGCCGCUACAGACAACGGCGCGUCGCAAGCCGUCAGCGCAUACCUUCGACGCGCCUCCGCUUCAUUCCACGAGCUCAAACAGUUGCACAGGGAGCUCCGAAAGCAGUCGAAAUCGGAUCGCAAGCACAAGAAGUCCAAGUCUGAGACCGCAGUGGAAGGUGCCGGCGAGUCGAGUCCAGAACCGAGUGUAUUCAACCUGACUCGUGGUGCUGUGGAGCUGAGUCAAGAGGCGGGUCAUGGGUAUGGGGGUAGUGAGGGAAAGAAGCAUAAGAACAAGAAGAAGACAGAGAAGGGUGAGGUUGGUGAUGUCGGGGAUGGUGAAGGCAAAAGUGUAAUUGAGGAUGGAGAGAGCAAGAGGAAGAAGGAGAAGAAUGAGAUUGGUAACUUUGAGGAAGAUGAGGAAAAAAAGGUAAUUGAGGAACCAAGUGAGAACAAGAAGCAUAAGAAGGAGAAAAGUGGCCAAAAAAUUAAAAAGUUUCAGCAAAAUGGGGUGAAAAUUGAGGAAGGUGAAUGGGAGAACAAGAAGAAACGGAAGAGUAGAGAGAUUGAGGAGGGAAUUGACAAUGAUUCUUCUUCAGGGCCAAGGAAGAAGAAGAAGAAGAAGAAGAUUAAAAACGAAGUGGAUAAUUGAUUGAUUUGGGGCAAUGCAGCAACUUUUGUUGUUGUUGUUGUUUCUUACGGCAGCCUGGAAGAUUUUGGUUUGGAGGCAAUUCUUAGCCCCGCUGUUAAAAUGCGUAAUCAUUUCUGGAUAAUCUUUUCCAUUAUACAGUUGAGGAAAUAUUUUUGUUUGUUAAUUUAGAAUGAAUGAAAUCAAUUGAUGGUUAA